AUGUCCUCGCAACAAUACUACCAGCAGGGCCCCCCUCAGGGCGGCUACGGUGGCUACCCCCAACAGCCUCAGCCCGCUUACGGACCUCCUCCGGGACAGUACGGUCCCCCUCAAGGAGGCUACUACCAGCAGGGCCCUCCCAUGGGCCAGCCUCCGAUGGGUUACCAGCAGCAGGAGGCACCACAGAAGCAGAAGAGCGCCCCCUGUGGUGGUGGAUGCUUGGGCACCUGUAUAGCAUCUCUGCUCUGCUGUUGCUGCUUGGAAGAAGGCUGCGAGUGCUGUGCCGACUGCUGCGAAUUGUGCCUAUAA